UGGCCUCUCCACAAAGUCUGGCCUGGUGAAACGGUCGCUCCAAGAAGACAAGAGAAGUCCAGGUCCCGAGCCAGCUCCUGCAGGUCCUGGAGCCGGGCGCUGCCCAGCACCGCCCUGCAGCAGAGAAGAGACUUUUGAUUCUGCAGUUGUAUCCACACCUCAGCGGCGGGGAGGGCACAGCCUCCAGCCUUUAUCCUGCCUCUUCCUGCCCGGCCCUCCACCCCUGGCUCCAGGCUGGACUGUCUGCAGGCCCCUGCUCCAUCUCGCCCUGCCUUCUUGGUGCUCCAGACUGUCCCAGAGCAGGGCUGAGAGCAAAGGGCUCUGAAGCUCCUUCUUCAUGAAUCCCCGGAAGAAAGUGGACUUGAAACUCAUUAUUGUCGGAGCACUUGGGGUGGGGAAGACCUCCCUCCUUCACCAAUAUGUGCACAAGAUGUUCUAUGAGGAAUAUCAGACCACGCUAGGCGCCAGCAUCCUCUCCAAGACCAUCACACUGAACGACACAACCUUGAAGCUCCAGAUCUGGGACACUGGCGGUCAGGAACGGUUCCGUUCCAUGGUGUCCACAUUCUACAAAGGUUCUGAUGGCUGCAUCCUGGCAUUUGACGUCACGGACCUGGAGUCCUUUGAAGCCCUGGAUAUCUGGCGGGGUGAUGUUCUAGCCAAGAUUGUCCCCACGGAGCUGUCUUACCCCAUGGUGGUGCUGGGGAACAAAAUCGAUCUGGAAGACCGGAAGGUGUCUCAGGAGGUGGCCCGAGGCUGGUGCAGGGAGAAUGACAUGCCCUACUUCGAAGUCAGCGCCAAGAGCGACAUCAACGUGGUGCAGGCCUUCGAGGUGCUGGCAGCCCGGGCUCUGGCCAGGUACCAAGGCAUCCUAGAAAACCACCUCAUGGACUCCAUCAAGCUCUCGCCAGGCCAGCCAAGGAGCAGGUGCUGCUGAUGUCCAGCUUGAGCUCAGGAUGCCCAGAGCCUGCUCCUGCUAGGCUCGAACCCCCUACUCCGCUGCCUGCCUGUGUCCAGCUAAUAAGCAAGAGGCUCUGCAGCCAGAGCUCUUGCCCAUUGCUGAACCCAGAAUCAGAGCAGCCCUUGCCUGGGCGGACUGCGGAGAGGACAGGGCCGGGCCCUCAGGGGCCUGGAUGAAGCCUAGAAUGUCCCAGGUAAACCUGGGCCCUGGAGAAGUCCCAAGAGACUUGAUGGCUCCUGCUCCCACCGAUGACCUCCUCACAUGCAGACCUCCUCCACCCUUCCCAUGGCACACCCCCAGAUUCUCUAACACAGCUUUGGACAGCAACCAGACCAAAGGGCAAGGGUGUGAGAUCCCCACCCAGGGCCUGGGGCUGCCUCCCCUGCUGGCAGAGGCCUGAGACUCCCUCUGCUCCGGAGGACCAGCUGUCAGGGGCUCUCUCCCCCUCCUCCUUGCUCAAGGCUCCACAGCUUAUUCCCAAGGGUGUGUCUGUGUUAGAUGGGGGUGACCGGUGCCCUGUGCAUAUCAGAGUAUGGUUUGGGGGCCCAGAGGCUGCACUGAUAUCUCAGUUGCUGUUGCUGAUAUGCAUUUGUUUCUUCCUUCAGCAAGUAUCUUUAAGUGCCUGCCACAUGCAUUGCACGGAGGUCCUGUGACAAACAGGACAGCAGCCCUGGCCUCCCGGAGCAAGCCACAGCACGGGAGCAGGUGUUCCCAGAGAGCAGGCAAAUGCCACGCACAACGUGAACGUGGGACCCCGGGACGGGCUGGGAGGAAGUGCUGUUUUACACAAAGUAGUCCAUCCAGAAGGGCUUCCCCGAGGACGGGACCUUUGGCCUUGAGAGCGGGUGCCACCUGAGAGAGCUGGAGGAAGAGCAUUUCAGGAGAGGGAAUAGUAAAGCUCGGGCUGAGGGCCAGCUUUCUGGAGGCCAGGCACCGGGAAAGGAUAUUCAUUGUGUGUGUGUGUGUGUCUGUCUGAAAA